AGUGAAGAAGCGGCAUUUUAGUACUCGUACGGAUGCUUUUGGAUCAGUUUUUCCGAACCAAGCGGUCACCAGCCCUCACCGAAAGUUUGCGCUGCGGAUUAGCUUCCGUAGCCGACUAUGAGCGACGCAUGUGCGAAACGGCUGAUAGCUCUGUCGUCGACUACUGUCGGGGCGGAGCAGCCAGCGAACGAACCGUGACACACAAUCGUGCUGCCUUUGAUCGGUUGAUCAUACGACCACGGUGCCUGCAACGUAUCGGCGGUAGUCGUUCGCUGGAAGUGACAUCUUUUGGUAUCAGCUACCGCAUGCCAAUCGGAAUUGCUCCCGUUGCGUUACAAUGUCUCGCACAUCCCGAGGGUGAGAAGGCUAUGGCACGGGCGGCCCGUACCUUCGGUGUCCCGUUUGUGCUGAGCGUACUUUCGAGCGUAUCGAUCGAAGAGCUAGCGGAAGCUGUACCACGCGCUCCCAAGUGGUUUCAGUUGUACAUUUUCAAAGAUCGAGAACUAACCGAAUGUCUAGUACGUCGCGCGGAAAAGGCGCGAUUCCGGGCGCUUGUGGUGUGUGUAGACACUCCGGCACCGGGGUUGAGCAGAACGGAACGGCGGAAUCCUUUAACCCUGCCAGCGAAGGUAACGUGCGCCAAUUUCGUUCCAAAUGGCAACGGGUCAAACGGAAACAGCAAGGCUAAGUCAUGCUCGGCUAGCGUUCUGGAUUACGUACGCAGCCAGCUUGAUCCUAGCCUCGGCUGGGACGCAAUACGAUGGUUAAUGAGCAUCACGACGCUACCGGUCAUUGUGAAGGGCAUUCUUAACCGGGCCGAUGCGCUCAUUGCCGCAGACGUUGGCGUGCAUGGAUUGAUCGUGUCGAAUAGUGGAGGUCGCCAGCUUGAUUAUGCACCUGCUGCGAUUGAGGUCCUACCGGAGAUAGUGCAUGCCGUUGGCCACCGUGUUGAAGUUAUGCUAGACAGUGGUGUCUCUCAAGGUACGGAUGCUUUUAAGGCUCUAGCAAUUGGGGCGCGCAUGGUAUUUGUCGGCCGUGCUGCCGUGUAUGGACUGGCAGUAAACGGACAACGAGGCGCCGAAGAAGUGCUGGACAUUCUCAAAACCGAGCUCGAGUCUACGAUGCUGAAUGCUGGAUGUGGCACCUUGGCCGACCUCACGCCACAACACGUCUGUCACGAAGCACAGCUCUACUAUCCUUCGAUGGCAGAUCAGCUGCGAAGAUCUUGGCGACGAGAAAGUUUUCGCAGCGAUCGGUAUCGAUCACGUGACAGACAGAGUAACACAGAAACAUGCGGCGGGGAAACAACUCUGCCGGAUGCAGACCGUGAUGAUGUCGAGUGCGUUGGCAUACGAGCAGAAAAUGUAGCAGAACGAGUAACAUUUCAGCAGCGUAGCGUUGAUACGCCGAUUCGAGACGGACCAGUAUGUCCGGAAGCAAAGCAUUUCUUGACGAAGGUAGCACCAACGGUAGCCCAUCCUCCAUAUCGGAACGUUCCGCUGCAGCUAAGCGUUCCGCGUGGAAUAUUCCGUUCGAACACAAACAAUUUGUCGAAAUGUAAAGGCAAUGCUACCGCAUCAGGGUGUCCUUCGGAAGGGAAUGCAAAAACGGCUAGAAGCGUCAUUAAUAGAAAGGAUUUUUCAUCCCGACGGGUAAAAUCACAUUCGAUGCAUAAUCUAAUGGUCGUAGAGGACGCAGAGCGAAAUUGUAGCAAUUCUUAA